AGAAAUAAAUUAACGUGUAUUAUAGGCGCUGCGAUCACUAUUGUUACAACGUGUACAUGUAUUACAACGCGUUUUGAGUGUAUUGUUACAAUUAUUAUUUGUUUCUAUUUAAACUUGGAACACUGUAAUGUUUCGUAUAAGAGUAUUUAUAGUGCAAUAUCCUUUGGUGCAUUCAAGCUUUUAUUAAGGCGAUAUAUGAACUAAAAUUUUCACGAAAUUAUUUCUUACACUAAGAUGUUUGCUACCCGUGCCGGAAAAAGCACGGAGGCUUCAGAAUCAUCUGAAGUAGUAAAAUAUCAACCUGAACUAAAAAAACGAACCACAGAACCACAAAAAUGCAAUGCAGUAUUAGUUGCAAAACAUUAUAACUCGUUAGAAGAUAAAGGUGUCUCGAUCAGAAACCAAAGUCGUAUCUUAUACAUGAGAAACUUUAAUAACUGGAUUAAGAGCAUGCUAAUAUCCGAAUAUAUUACUAAGCAAGAUAAAGUACAUGGAUCUUCUCUAAGAGUAUUAGAUAUUUGUUGUGGAAAAGGAGGAGAUUUAAUCAAAUGGAUGAAAGUAAAUGUAACGCAUGUGGUUUGUGCUGAUUUAGCUCAAACAUCUAUUGAACAAUGUCAACAACGAUAUAAUGACAUGUUCAAUAGAAAUUCUAAUAAAAGAGGAUUCGAUCCUAUAUUCACUGCUGAAUUUAUAGCAGCUGACUGUACAAAGGUUCGUUUAAGAGAAAAAUAUAAGGAUCCUAGUAUACAGUUUGAUUUGGUUAGUUGUCAAUUUGCGUUACACUAUAGUUUUGAGACAUUACAACAGGCGGAAUGUAUGAUGAGAAAUGUAAGCGAAUGUCUCAAACCAGGAGGCUACUUCAUUGGAACUAUUCCAGAUACAUACGAUUUAGUUUCUAGAUGGCAGAAAUCUGAUGGUAAUAAGAUUGAAAAUGAGGUUUAUAGCAUAGAAUUUUUAUGUGAUAAAAAAAUGCCUCCACUCUUUGGUGCUAAAUACAAUUUUCAUCUAGAAGGUGUUGUCAAUUGUCCAGAGUUUCUUGUUCAUAUACCUACACUUUGUAAAUUGGCUUCAAAAUAUUGUUUAGAAUUAGUGAAAUUUGAAAGAUUUGAUAAUUAUUAUGAACGUAUGAAAAACGAAGGUAGAUCAUUACUCAGCAAAAUGCAUGCUUUAGAAACUUAUCCACCAUUUCAUGGUGUGCCACUUCUUGGUCACUCUACACAAGACUACCAACAUGCAGUACAGUAUAUGCAAACUUUGCCAGACCAUCGUAAAAUCGGUACUUUAUCAAAACCAGAAUGGGAAGUUAUUUCACUGUAUGCUGUAUUUGCUUUUAAAAAAACGAAGAUAACGAGUAAUGAAGAAAAAUUGGAAAGUGUGAAGUCAUAGAAAUUAAGAACUAUUUAGGAAUUAAAAAUAUUAGGGAUAGUUUGACAAUGAAUUUAAACAAUUUUAGUAAUUGACUUUGCAUUGUACAAGCUAGUCUGUUGCUAUAGAG